UUCCCCCAUUCAAGGCACGGCAGUGGGCAGUGGGCUUCAGUUUCGGUUCCGUUAGGACCGGUGGCGUGCGUGAAGUUUAUCACUUUAUCACAUUUAUCAAAGUAAUACACGAAGAUGGCUUCGAACUGGGCCAAAAGUGCGGAAGAGCAGGAGAAGUUAGUCAAAAAGCUGACCACCACAGAUAUUACACCCCCGAACGAUUCCGAGGGCACCCCUGCUAGUGGUGGCGGGGACGAUGAGGAGAAACCGGUUUCUCCAGCUGAGAGGUCGCUGCUUCAAAAGAUCAUCCGUAAAGGUCUCGUUGAAAAUAAAAAUGACAUCGAAAUCCAAAGGAAAGACCCUACGUCUCCCUUAUACUCCGUUAAAAGCUUCGAGGCGCUUCAUUUGAAACCCAAUCUGCUGAAAGGAGUUUUUCAAAUGGGAUUUAACGCCCCAUCUAAAAUCCAGGAGUCAGCGUUGCCGUUGCUCCUUGCAGACCCGCCUCAGAACAUGAUAGCUCAGUCUCAGUCAGGAACUGGAAAAACUGCUGCAUUUGUUUUGGCAAUGCUAAGCAGGGUUGACGUCAACAAAAAUUAUACUCAGGCCUUAUGUCUGUCACCUACUUAUGAGCUUGCUAUUCAAACUGGUGAAGUAGCAGCAAAAAUGGCACAGUUUUGCCCGGAGAUUAAAAUUAGAUAUGCUGUCAGGGGCGAGGAAGUGCCCCGAGGAACCAAGUUAACAGAGCAUAUAAUAAUUGGAACACCUGGAAAAGUAGUUGACUGGGCCAUCAAAUUCAGGUUCUUUGAUCUUAGUAAAAUAUCAGUUUUUGUUUUGGAUGAGGCUGAUGUGAUGAUAGCUACCCAAGGCCAUCAAGACCAAAGCUUUAGGAUCCACAAAGCUUUGUCAAGAUCAUGUCAGAUGAUGUUCUUCUCUGCAACUUACGAGCAUGAUGUAAUGGAGUUUGCAGAAGCAAUUGUAACAAACCCUGUAGUCAUCAGAUUAAAGCGGGAAGAAGAAAGUCUUGACAACAUCAAACAGUAUUAUGUACAAUGUAAACAUCAAGAUGAAAAAUACCAAGCCAUAGCAAAUAUUUAUGGUGUUGUAACUAUAGGACAAGCUAUGAUUUUUUGUCAUACUCGCAAAACUGCUCAAUGGCUUGUGGAACGUAUGACUAAGGAUGGCCAUGCCGUUGCACUCUUGUCUGGUGACCUGACAGUUGAGCAGCGGAUAGCUGUUCUCGACCGUUUCCGUGAAGGGAAAGAAAAAGUUCUUAUCACUACGAAUGUUUUAUCCAGAGGGAUUGAUGUUGAGCAGGUCACAAUUGUUGUUAAUUUUGACCUGCCAAUUGAUCUCCAAAGACGAGCUGAUUGUGAAACCUAUCUCCACAGAAUUGGUAGAACUGGUCGGUUUGGUAAAGCUGGCCUAGCUAUUAAUUUGAUUGAUAGUCCUGAGAGCAUGGAAGUCUUAAAACAAAUUGAGCACCACUUUGGUCGUAAAAUCAAUCUUCUAGAUGCCGAUGAUGUUGAUGAAAUUGAAAAGAUAGCAGCGGACGCUUGAUGCCUGUAUGUAAAUUGUUUAUUUUUAUA